AUGUCCUUAUUUUAGUGUUCAGCUCUUUAUUUAGCCAAUGAUGGUUAAUGCAUAGAAGUAGAAGUAACAACUCGAUCUGGGUCUCUUUUAAUAGCUGUACAUUUAUUUAUAUACUGUUAGGCGAAAAAUGGAAAUGAAUAAUUGGUUUAUUUGCCCUCAAAUUCAAUGGAUACAAUUCUCUGCUUUGCUAGAGAGAUUGAUGAACGUACUAUAAAUUUUAUAAAUAUAUAGUUCAGUAGAUUGGUACUCUCGAUCUUCAUAACCCAGAAACAUAAAUUAAGGUCACUUUCCUCCUUUGUUUAAAGGAUAUUGAAGAAUUAUCUCUUAGAUUGAGAGGAAGAUAAAUUUUCUAAUCCAAUUCUCUAUCUAUUGUCUUAGAAAAAUUGGCCCCUGGAGUAAGUAAGAAAAGAUAUUUAAAUUAGAACUUAUUUAAACUCCUUACAAAAUAUCAGUUGAAAAGAAGGCUACAUUUCUAUCAAAGGAUCAGUUGGCAAAGAGCAGAUUGGUAUUUAAUAUAUAUAAUGUUAGGGAUAAUUGAAAUAAGAGGCAGAUAUUUUACGACUGUUAAAAAAUAACUCUCAUAAAAAUAUAAUUUAGCUAGAAGAGAUAGUGACAGAUUAUAAGUCUAUUUCUGUUAUUUUGGAGUAUUGUAAAGGAGGAGACCUAUUAAAAAUUAUCGGAUAGAGAAAUAUUUAAAUUGAUGUACCUCUUCUCAUGUUUAAUCUACUUUCUGGUAAAAUUUAAUAACUAUUUGAAUUCAGCUUUAAAGCAUCUCCAUGAUUUAGAAAUAGUUCAUCGAGAUAUUAAAUUAUAGAACAUCUUAUUCAAAGAUUCUCAGCAUAUGGACACUUUGAAGGUCUCUGAUUUCGGCUUUGCUUGUAAAAUAUACGAUAUAUAAUAAAUAAACCCAAGGUAUUUAUGACUUUAAUCAUGUUAGAUGUGGAACUCCUGGAUACACUGCUCCCGAAGUUUUUAGUUAAUCAUGUAGUUAUGAUGAAAAAGUUGAUAUUUAUAGUGCUGGAAUAGUCUUUUACAAUAUGUAAGUUAUUACCUAAGGCUUAGUUUAACUUUCAAAAACCCAUUUGGAAACUUCGAGAAUGUUUCUGAGCUAAUUAAACUUAAUAUUAAUGGCGAAUAUAAUGAGGCCCAUCUAGAAAAAACAAAGGCCAAUAAUCCUCUCGCAUAUGAUUUGCUAACCUAAAUGCUUUCCAAAGAUGCCAACAUUAGACCCAGUGCUCGUGAAUGUCUUGAUCAUCCAUAUUUAAAAAGUCAAUAGAAGGUUGAUUAUACUAAAGAACCGAUCCAAAGAAAAAGAAAGUUUACCAAGUAGAAAAGAAUCAGUCUAAAACUCAAAUAGGAAACAGUUGCUAUUUAAUGA